CCUUAGCUGGUAUUGCUUUCCUCUCCAAACCUCAACCAGUAAAGUGAAAAGAAGCAAAGGUUGACCUGGGUGACAGGGAAAAGGAGUGGGAGCUGCAGAAGGAUAGGGCGGAAGAGGAGCUGUAGGCAUGAGUAGAGGAGCUUAUCAGAGCUCCAUAGUGCAGCAAAUGAUGGGGAGAAGCCCUAGCUUGUGGAGCAUGAACAACAACCUGAUGCCACCUUCUCAGGAGAUGUCCACUCUCUUUGCUUCUUCCUCCUCUUCCCCUUCUCCUUUGUCUUCCUCCGUCUUCCCUAGGUACCCAAAGCCUGCUGGUUUUGCCCCCAUGAUCCCUUGCCAUGAAUCCCAAGAGGUACCUGAAUCAUGGAGCCAGCUGUUGCUGGGGGGAUUGGAGGAGGAAGAGGAGGGGCGCAGCCACACUGGUAAUUUCCCAGUGAAGAGGAUGGAGAACUGGGAGUACCAACUGCCAUACACACCAGCGAAUGCCCACAUGGUUGAUAUCAAACAAGAGGGCUCUGAGGUCGGACACCAUGCCUAUUACCAUGGCAAAGAGCAAGGAGCUCAGGGGGGUAGGUCUUCAUGGAGUCAGAUGGUGCCAGCAUCCUCUCCCAGGUCUUGUGUCACGACAAGCUUCAGCAACAACAUCUUGGACUUCUCCAACUGCAAGUCGCAGAGAAAGCAUCACAAAUCUGACCUUUCGUCCGAGAUACUCUUACUCUAUGGUGUGCAACGUCUUACUUUCCUUUCUUCCUUUGCCAAGUGCAACAGCAACAGUGGUGCAGCUUUGAAGAAGGCUAGAGUUCAGACCUCCUCAGCACAGUCAUCUCUCAAGGUUAGGAAGGAGAAGUUAGGAGAUAGGAUAGCAGCUCUACAUCAGCUAGUUUCUCCAUUCGGAAAGACUGACACUGCGUCUGUACUGUUAGAAGCCAUUGGCUACAUCAGAUUCCUCCAGGGUCAAAUUGAGGCUCUGAGCUCCCCGUACCUGGGCAGCAGAUCAAGGAGCACGAGGCAGUGCGGUAAAGGAGAGAGUAGUAGUAUAUUUGUGGAAGACCCUGGAGUACAGCUGUUGAGUGCUGAUAGCUGCAUGAAGAGAAGAGGUCCACCAGCUGAUCAGGAUGAUGGUGGUGGUGGUGAUGGUGAUGAAGAUGAGGAUGAGCCCAAGGACCUGAGGAGUAGAGGACUGUGCCUGGUGCCUGUGUCCUUCACAUUGCAUGUUGGGAAUGACAACGGAGCCGAUUUCUGGGCUCCUAACUUUGGGAUGGGGUUUCAAUGAGAAGGGCAUGGCACAAGUCUUCACAUCAAUUUAUGCUUGUCCGCUUGACAUCUCACUGUAGCAAGAGAAAGGAAAAGGGAAGGAAUCUUACACCUCAUGAUUGAAAAGCUUAGGGCCCUCUUACUCGGGUACUUUAUUGGAUGUGGCAAAUGUAGCAUAUUAGGGAUUUCAAAUAGUGAGUACAUGUAGACAUCAGGGCAUGGGUUUGUAAUCUUCAGACAUGGAAUGAACCGAUUGUCUCCUUCAAUUCAUUUCAUUGAACUGUACUACUAAUAUUGGCCACCAAUUAAAUUGGCUGUGAAUGCCUCAAAAUUAGCUCUUGCGGAAUUGCUCGGAA